CCUCGAAUCUUCCCCUGUGGGGUGCCCCUGUAUCGAGCCUCCCAUCAUUGUAUGCCUCACAUCUAGCGUACAAAUUGGCCAGUUUUCUCGCUCACGGAGACAUUCGAUUAGAGCUAGGGGUUGAGGUUGAGACUCUGCGUAGCAGUAGGGCUCCUUUGAACGGCUGCAGUCUUCAACAUUGCAAGUUGCGGUUGGUGUGAUGUGCGUUUCAGGUCUAUUUGCGUUACGCGGCUAGAGGCUGUUGAUCCCCGUUAUUCAGUCAAGAAUCGAUUGUGGCGGAGUUUGGUUGUAUUUCACUUGACAAUGGCUACCGCAGGAGCAGUUAGAGUCUGGACGCCAUGCCUACCGCAGGAGCAGUUAGAAUCUUCCCUCUCGUCGGGUUUGACUCGUUCUGGCUCUGUGCCUAGGAGAAUUCCCGCAGCUCCCCUGGCGCCUUUGUCAUGGGGUAGCUCCUUUUUGUCUCAAAUCUCCCCAGCGAGGCCAAUCCAACGCAUCCAGAGCCAGAUUGCGCAUGCUGCCAGCAGCAGGACGGAUUUUCAAAUUAAGAGCGUCCCGACCAAGCCCAUCGAGGGGCAGAAGACCGGCACAAGUGGGUUGAGGAAGAAGGUGAAGGUAUUCAUGCAGGAGAACUACCUCGCAAAUUGGAUUCAGGCAUUGUUUGACUCCAUUCCCGAGGAGGAUGUCAAGGGUAGCACUAUUGUGCUUGGAGGAGAUGGGCGGUACUUCAACAAAGAAGCCUCUCAAAUCAUCAUCAAAAUUGCUGCCGCCAAUGGAGUGGGCAAAAUUAUGGUUGGAAAAGAUGGCAUCAUUUCAACUCCUGCUGUCUCUGCUAUAAUUCGCAAGAGGGGGGCUGAUGGAGGGUUUAUCAUGAGCGCCAGCCACAACCCCGCCGGUCCGGAAGAGGAUUGGGGCAUCAAGUACAAUUAUAAGAGUGGACAGCCAGCACCGGAGUCGAUCACAGAUAAGAUCUAUGAUAACACGACGAGCAUCAAGGAGAUUAAGAUGGCAGACCUUCCCGAUGUGGACCUUGCAGCUGUGGGCACCACCGAUUUCGGUGGGUUCACGGUGGAAGUAAUUGACCCUGUGGAGGAUUAUCUAGAAUUGCUGAAGGAAGUAUUCGACUUUGACUUGAUCCGCAGUCUCCUUGCCAGGCCGAACUUCAGGUUUAAGUUUGACGCCAUGCACGCUGUGACUGGCGCCUACGCCAAGACUAUCUUUGUCGAUACCUUGGGCGCAUCAGAAGACUCCAUUAUUAACGGCAUUCCCAAGGACGAUUUCGGAGGGGGCCACCCCGAUCCCAACCUGACGUACGCCCACGAGCUCGUUGAUAUCAUGUAUGGCCCCGAUGCUCCUGUUUUUGGUGCUGCAAGUGAUGGGGACGGCGAUCGUAACAUGAUUCUUGGAGACCACUUCUUCGUGACACCCUCCGACUCAGUGGCCGUGAUCGCUGCAAAUGCGCAGCAAUCCAUUCCAUACUUCAGUAGCGGAUUGAAGGGGUUGGCCAGAUCCAUGCCGACAAGUGGGGCUCUCGACUCCGUUGCGAAGAAGUUGGAUUUGCCGUUCUUUGAGGUUCCCACAGGGUGGAAAUUCUUUGGUAAUCUGAUGGACGCCGGGAAGCUUUCAGUCUGCGGAGAAGAGAGUUUCGGCACUGGCUCCGAUCACAUCAGAGAGAAGGACGGCAUCUGGGCCGUCCUCGCUUGGCUCAACAUUUUGGCACACAAGAACAGAGAUGUCCAACCUGACGAGCCUCUCGUUUCCGUAGUCGACAUUGUCAAGGAGCACUGGGCCACCUACGGCCGCAACUUUUUCGUCCGCUACGACUACGAGUCUUGCGAAUCUGAGGGAGCCAACAACAUGGUGGCCCAUCUGAGAGACAUCCUCUCGAAGAGCAAGGAGGGCGACAAGUAUGGCGUUUACACCCUCAAGCUCGCGGAUGACUUCACAUACACCGAUCCGGUGGACGGCAGCGUUGCCGCAAAGCAAGGCAUCAGAUUUAUCUUCACGGAUGGAUCCAGAAUCAUUUUCCGGUUGUCCGGCACUGGAUCAGCCGGCGCAACCAUCCGGUUGUAUGUGGAGAAGUUUGAGCUUGACUCCUCCAACCAUGAUAUGGACGCUCAGGAGGCCCUGAAGCCUUUGAUUGACAUCGCUCUGUCAAUCUCUAAGCUGCAAGAGUUCACUGGUCGGGAGAAGCCCACUGUGAUCACAUAGAGUGGGCAAAUCCUCUGCUGUGCAUUAUUUUCUUUUCUUUUUUCUUUUUUUUCUUUUCUCCUCACAUUCCAUGUGAAUUCACUUUUGACAGGGACAAAUAAUUAGAGGUAAAACCUUAGAUCUUACUCUUUUACGGGAGAGAAAAGGUGGGUUCAGUUCAGUUUUGUAACAGGUGUAAUUUUGGAUUAUGUCAAAACUUAAUCUGAUCUUCUAGCAGCAGCAGUGAGUGUAGGAUUGAGAGUGAAGCGGUUUCAUAUUGCUUCUAACCCUUUUACUGGAAGGUUUGGGUCUUCAACUCUAGGGAGAGACUCGUCAGUUGAAACUAGUUAGACUUCAGGAAAUUGCAGCUUUUUUCCUUAAUCUGCCGCAAAAUGACUACUAUAAUGGGAUAAGUCUCGGUCAUUUGAGUACCUUGAGUAGACCUUGCAUUUGAGUUGCUCCUUGAGGUGAAAGUCUCAGACGUGUACGUCUCAUCUUUCAGUUUCAAAUGUAAACAUACCCCCUUGCUGCUGA